AUGAAAAUGUUUCUAGGCGUUCCUGGAGCCAGGGCUGCUCGUAAGGCGACUAGGCGUUUGGUGCCCUACGGUACUGGCGCUGGAGGCGGUGGGUUCGUCAUUUAUGCCUUACAGCAAGAAGAGGAAGUCACGGCUGGCCAAGUCUUGCCGCUCUUUUUAGCGGACGCAAUCGACCUGUUGGACCGAAAAUGCUGUGAAACCUCGCAUCCAGCUACCUUGGGAUACAUUGCGAGGGUGGCGCAGUGGUGGGGGGUAUUGAUACUGUAGCACUUUGCGUUCACUAGAAAUUUACAUUUAGUCGUUCAUCCUGGAGGACGCCGAUCCAGGUAGUCACUCAUCUCAACAACAUUGUUAUUCACUCAAAAACAUUCAACAUGGACAUUGAUGUCGAGCAAUCUGAAUUCUAAACCCCACACCAGACACACUCCUCUCGCUUGGCUCAAUUACAACUCGAACAUGAAAUGCGAAGCCUCGCUUUGGCAAGGAAGGAAAUUGCCGAUCAGCCAGCUGCUGACACGAUCCUGGAUGACAAGGCUUUUUCUCGUCUCGUGCUUAUCGCCAACCAGACCCCAGAUCAUGCACACCAUGCGGUAGCGCACUAUGCUGCUUUGCUCGCCAGCACAGCAGACAGAGGCGAGGAGCAUCUGCGUAUGCUAGUGGACGCAACAGAAAGGUACAAAAAAGCGAUGGUUGCGAGAAGGCAGGCAAAGGUAACGAGCGCCUAUGAUCAUGCGCACGCAGUCAAGAAAUACGAAGCGGAACAUAUUCCUGAGCCGAGUUCUGUUAAGACUGGUUGAAUGUGCUUAGAACUGUGACUACAUAAGUAUCAUAUCUUUCAUCGUUUGUUGUGUUCUACUUCUUUCAAGGAACCAAAGGAUGAUGUCGUAGUAACCAAUACGUCCUCGCUUGAAGAAGAAGAAGACGAAAAAGAAGACAGAGAAAGCAAAGUAUGACUCCUAGCCUCCUUUUUUAGGACCUAGAAGUGUAGUAGAAGUAUGGGUAUGCUUUUGGUGCACUCUCUAACCCCCGCAUCGCAGUCUUUGACGCAGCAAAGGUCGAGGAAGAUCUGGCGAAAGCUUGGGCACUGUAUGCACAUUCGAGUUGCAGUGAGCUUCCAGCGGGACUGGCGUCCGGGCUGAGCAAUUUGUUGCAGCGCCGUAUUGCAAGAGCGCAAAUGUAUUACUCGAAUGCUUAAAGUGCUUUGGAGAAAUGACACUGACAAAGACAAAUCCAUUUACAUACUCGAACAUUGUGUACUUAGACUUACUAGCCUAGAGCGACGUGUAGCUCAUUUCCGCACUAGAAUCACCACGCACCAUCACAAACCAAAAAAAAAACAUGCCGGCGCACGUGCAGGCACCGACCUAAAACUUGCUCUAUGCACCCACAGAAAGGAAACCCUUCCACAUCCUGAAGGACAGCCAAAAAGGCGCCCGGAAGGGGGAGAGGCGUUCUGGGAUCUAGUAACGUCCGAGAAAAGUAGCCGAGGCCGCUGCCCUCUCUCCUUCUAUUAAUGUCCGAGAAAAUUGGCCGGGGCCGCUCCCUCCCUCUUCUUCUAUAUUAAUUUGUCUGAGAAAAUACCGAGACCGAUGGACAGGGGGAACCGCUGCCCCCCUCUUCUUCUAUUAAUGUCCGAGAAAAGCCGAGGCUGACCCGAUGGAUAGGGCGGCGGCUGUCUCUCUUCCUCUCCUUUUAUUAAUGUCCGAGAAAACCCAAGACCGAUGGACAGGGCGGCUGGCUGCCCUCUCUCCUUCUAUUAAUGUCCGAGAAAAUUGGCCGGGACUGCUGUUCCCCUCUGCUUCUAUUGAAAUUAAUGUCUGAGAAAAGCCGAGACCGAUGGACAAGACGGCGGGCGGGUCUUCUAUUAAUGUCCGAGAAAAGCCGAGGCCGAUGGGCUGGGUGGUGGCUACCCUGGUCUUCUUCUAUUAAUGUCCGAGAAAAGUAGCCGAGGCUGCUGCCCUCUCUCUUUCUAUUAAUGUCCGAGAAAAUUGGCCGGGACUGCUGUCCCCCUCUGCUUCUAUUAAUGUCCGAGAAAAGCCGAGGCCGGUGGACUGACUCCAGGGUGGCGCGCGGCUGUCCUCCUCUUCUUCUAUUAAUGUCCGAGAAAAGUAGCCGAGGCGGCUGCUCUCCUCUUCUUCUAUUAAUGUCCGAGGAGAGCCGAGACCGAUGGACAGGACGGCGGGCGCCCUCUUGUUCUUCUAUUAAUGUCCGAGAAAAGCCGAGGCCGAUGGGAUGGGUGGCGGUUGCCCUGGUCCUCUUCUAUUAAUGUCCGAGAAAAGUAGCCGAGGCCACUGCCCUCCUUCUGUUCUUCUAUUAAUGUCUGAGAAAAGUAGCCGAGGCUGCUGCUCUCCUCCUCUCUUUCUAUUAAUGUCCGAGAAAAGUCGAGACCGAUGGAGAGGGCAAGACACGGCCUACCCUUCUUUCAGCGCUUGGCCUUCAAUUUUGGCCAAGUUGCUAAGUUUUUGACUUUAAGCCAUUCGAGUGAAAUUAGAAACCUGACCGACCCGGGCGCGGUGUGUCCUUCUCUUUCUGAUCCAGCGCGGGCGCUUCUCUAUCUGGGCUGGAAGGUCUACAAAUUUUAGCCAAAGCGCCAGCUUUUUGACUUUGAUCAAUUACAAUUUGGGCGAAAUUGGAAACCCAUCGCGCGCACGGUUUCCCCUUUUUUCGGCGUUUGUUAGUUUUUGAAUUUUGGCCAAAGUGCUAAGCUUUUGAUUUUCAACCAUUUGGAGGGAAAUUAGAAACCAACCGCGGCUGGGAUGCGAUAGCACGGAUUCCCCUUCUUUCGGCGUUUGUUAGUUUUUAACUUUUGGCUUAAGUGCUAAAUUUUUGAUUUUAAACCAUUUGGAGCGAUAUUUGAAACCAACCGCACGCACUGCCUCCCUUUUUUUUCGGCGUUUGUUUUUUAAUUUUGGCCAAAGUGCUAAGUUUUUGACUUUAAACCAUUUGGAGCGAAAUCAGGCACCUGGCUGGGAUGGGAUAACAUUAGAAACCAACCACGCGCACUGCCUCCCUUUUUUCUCGGCGUUUGUUUUUUAAUUUUGGCCAAAGUGCUAAGCUUUUGAUCUUAAACCAUUUUGAGCGAAGUUAGGCACCUGGCUGGGAUGGGAUAGCACCGCUUCCCUUUUUUUCGGCGUUUGUUAGUUUUUAAAUUUUGGCCAAAUUGCUGAAUUUUUGACUUUAAACCAUUUGGGGGGAAAUUAGAAACCAACCGCGCGCACUGCCUCCCUUUUUUUUCGGCGUUUGUUUUUUAAUUUUGGCCAAAGUGCUAAAUUUUUGAUUUUAAACCAUUUUGAGUGAAAUUAGGCACCUGGCUGCGCUGGGAUGGGAUAGCCAUCGGGAUCUAAACCAUCGGGAUCUAAACCAUCGGGAUCUAAACCAUCGGGAUCUAAACCAUCGGGAUCUAAACCAUCGGGAUCUAAACCAUCGGGAUCUAAACCAUCGGGAUCUAAACCAUCGGGAUCUAAACCAUCGGGAUCUAAACCAUCGGGAUCUAAACCAUCGGGAUCUAAACCAUCGGGAUCUAAACCAUCGGGAUCUAAACCAUCGGGAUCUAAACCAUCGGGAUCUAAACCAUCGGGAUCUAAACCAUCGGGAUCUAAACCAUCGGGAUCUAAACCAUCGGGAUCUAAACCAUCGGGAUCUAAACCAUCGGGAUCUAAACCAUCGGGAUCUAAACCAUCGGGAUCUAAACCAUCGGGAUCUAAACCAUCGGGAUCUAAACCAUCGGGAUCUAAACCAUCGGGAUCUAAACCAUCGGGAUCUAAACCAUCGGGAUCUAAACCAUCGGGAUCUAAACCAUCGGGAUCUAAACCAUCGGGAUCUAAACCAUCGGGAUCUAAACCAUCGGGAUCUAAACCAUCGGGAUCUAAACCAUCGGGAUCUAAACCAUCGGGAUCUAAACCAUCGGGAUCUAAACCAUCGGGAUCUAAACCAUCGGGAUCUAAACCAUCGGGAUCUAAACCAUCGGGAUCUAAACCAUCGGGAUCUAAACCAUCGGCGGAUGUGUGUGGCGGUGUGUUUUUUUUUGAGCGUUUUGAAAAUUGGUUGUUUAUUGUUCAAAUUGUUUUUGUAUUAACAUUAAUACGGACACAACUUCCUACAUCAACACGAUCCACAUGACCUUCAUCUGAUUAUCAUCUUCAUGCUUGUUAUUCCUUAGUAUGAUAUUCUCCUCUUCUUGAGUCCUCUGUACAACUACAACAGCCUCUAUUUAUAAGCGGGUAGAAUAAAUCGUCAGGGAAAUAACAAAUCUUAGGCAGUCUUCCGAAUAGAUUCGCGCCCCCCUCAACAUGUCCUCUGCGCUCCAAAAUCUAUUAUCACACUAACAACAACAGGCCUUCCCCCUCCGACCUGGCGACCGGUGGCACAGCUUCUCGCAUUUAUCAGACUGCGAAGGGCAAUGCGUGGUUUUUGACCCAAUGCACUGGUGGAGCGAAACAUCAUUUAACCGAGAUCGGAUGCUUAAGCGACGACACAGCCUCAAAUGGAGAAGGAAAGACAUCGGGAGGAGCAUUUUGUUAAGGCUUCUUGAUGUUUAUUGGCGGUCUGAUAGGUUUUCAUUACGAUUCUUCUACGCGGGAUGUCAACGUGCUGCCAGUAGUUGCUCCACGUCUACACCGUUUUCUCUUUGACUUGUACCUUCUCCUCAUCUUCAUGUUUGAAAAUUUGAUCAUGAUUGUUGAGUUCAUCUUCUCCCUCUUUCUCUAAUCCCAGCAAUCCACUUCGAUGAUGGCAGCAGUGGCGGUCGGAGUUACCGCAGCAGGCCUGUACGCGGCUGCGGUCCAGACGGAUCGGUUGCCGCCACCAGGCGAUCUAAUUCGUGGAGGCUCAGACAUGUUCCAAAACCUGCACAUGGACGAAACCUUGACUCAAGUAAAGACGUCGAUCAAGAAAAGUUAUGACUUCCCUAGAAGAGUAGGUGUUGUACUAGUCCAUCUCUAUGUCUUCUGUAGGGAUCGAAAUCGAUCGUCGGUUCCUCAAGUAUCCUCGUAUGUAUCUACUUAACUAAGUAAGUAGGCAAUAACACAAAGGAUUGAUAUUCUACUUGAGGGAUAGAUACCCUAUAGCUACAGGGACGGCGGACUUUCAAUUGGUACUAUCUCUAAAACACCGAAAAGAUGGAAGCUCUGAGCAAGAAUGUGAUCGUUCCGAUCAACGAUUAUGUGGGCAAACGAGUGACGAAGCUCACGACCGGUGCUAAGAGUGCUCUGGCCUCCACGCGGCAAUGCGUAGUUCAGAGGGUGACCAGUGACAAUUGGACAUUUCUCGGGUUUGGCGGCAGUCAUAGUGCCUCCGACAGUUCUCUGGAUAAGCAUGACACGGCUGGCGUAGGUGGGGCGCCGGAGAUUAAUGCAUGAUCAUCACGUGGUUGAUGACGGUUGGGAAAGCAAGUCUUGUCCACGCGAACGAUCAUUGAUGAGGGUUGGGUAAGCACUAAGACUAACGAUAUUCAUCAUAAGUCUCAUUUAAUACUUCAAGUUGAAUUAUGAUUCAAAUAUGACUCGUCUCUGUCUCUGUGGCAUGAGACUGCAGAGGAUUUCUACUUUUGGGAAUGCCCGUUUUUUCAAUUUUUGGGAGUUUUUCUUGAUACUUUUCAUUGCAGUAUUGUUCAAAAAUUGAUUUCUUGUCUGUACAAAUUCAAAUUAAGAAGCGAAGAAUAUGUGAAAGGACGUCUUCGACAACGGAUGAGAUUGUCAUGGUAAUUAGAAUUGUGUAGUAGAAGAUGUCUCCAAAAAAACCCAAUAGACAAACAACGACUGAUCUUAUUGAAAAAGUUGUGUAGCAGGUCUGAACUAUGAAUGAUUAACAUUAACAGAUUCUCAGGUUGAGAAAUUUUUCACUCUUCACGCACGUCCCCAUGCGUUUUGCAUGGUGUAUGAAAAGAGCAUGUGCGGACACGUGAAGGGAGAUGAAUUGGGUAUUGUUCCGAUAAUUAUGCCAUUAAAGAAUUACUGAGCUAUUUCUCUUUUCAUCUGAUGUGCAGUGAAGAUCAUCAAACUUUAACGAGGAAUAUCUGUGUAUUUGUAGUCAGAUUUCGAGUUGACUUCCUUCAAUGGCGUUCCUUCGAUCAUUGGUUUUUGAUCAGUGGAGAUGUAUUUGUUUCAAGCUUUUGUACGAGUAGAAAAAUUUAUUGUAACACUUUUAUUGCUCUUGCUGGGGUACAUUGAAUAUACGCAGCUGCCACUAGCAAGGGGCGUGAUUGAUGGAAGUAGACUGAAAAUUUUGGGCGCCGGGGGGCUCUCGUAUGUUGAAUAAAGGUAGAUGGAGAUUUGAGAAUAUUGAGAAUUAAUGAUCUCACGGCCAGCAAGGGCGAGCUAACCCAUAUUGCUGCGCCUCCAAUGUUUUGUAGUUUUGCUAUGGUGCAUACUGUUACUGAUACUAAUACUUACGAGACAAGAUGAUGGACAGCUACUUCUGACUUGUUAGAGUUUUUUUUCCGAUCCCCAGUAAGUUCCACCAUGACUCGAACUAAGAAAUUGAAGUGAUACAAAAUAAUUUGCAAAAGCACAUCUAGAGAAAUAGGCUUCAGAAAACAAGCAACUACAUCGUUUUGUCGAUGUACGUACAGGAGGACG